AGGAGGACAAGCUCCGAAGCAGCCAAACGGGCCCUUCUCACGCUCUCAAAGGCGAAUCCAGAAAUCAUAACCCUCUUUUAUUUUAUAAACCCUAACGCCCCCGAGAGACAAAGCGAAAGAGAAGCGAAGGCGGUGGUUGAAGAAGAAGAAGAAGAAGAAGCGAUGGCGAAGUCAAUGAGGUCGAAGAAAGAGAAGAGGCUUCGAGCGAUUCGGAGAGAGAUAGUGGAGCCCUUCUACGACAACAAAGACGCCGCUAAGCUCGCUGCUCAGGAGGCUGCCCUCGCCGCCCCUAAGCUCCCCGCCCGUCCCUCUUCUACCAGUACCGAUACCACUACAACUACAAACGCUAUGGAUGUGGAGAUGGCUGAUGGGAAUCAAAACUUGCAUUCUUUAAAGCCUACAGGUGGAAUAGGGAAGAAGUCCAAUAGGAAGUUCAAGAUGGGUAAAGGCAAGCGCGGUGGUAAGGGCAUUAGGAGGAAGCACCAUAUUUGAUUCCAUAACAGAUACUUGGUAAUUGAUAUUUUUCUCCUACCGUAUUAAUGGCUUCUUGUGGCCUGUGGACAAUCUUGGUACUUCUAAGAUAUGUGUUUUUUGUAUUCUGAUUUUGUUUCCUAGGGAUUUAAGUUCAGAAAGUUGUUGAGUGACAUGAAUGUAAACUAUCUUUUUUCUUUUAUCAGAACUUAUAAAUGUCAA